CCGAGACUCACCUCCUAGAGGGGCCGGAAGCGGGCUGUUGGGGCGGCGCAAUUCCGCCAAGAAGUUGAAGUAGGCGCGCGGAGCCAAAGUCAUUAGAGCUCUAGGCUGCCCGGACGCGUCUGAGCUGUAGUGAGGCUCUGGGACCCCCUUGCGCCUCAGGCGUUCCAGCCGGGUUCUAGCUGCGCUGCGCCGGAAGCCUGACUCGAGUCUUCCCACCGCCGCCGCGAGGCCCCCAGGUCAGCUGGCAGACAAAAAUGCCAUCUUACGGCCAUGACAAGGUGGAUCCCUACAAACUGCAAGUUGGAGAAUAUAUAAAAAUGUUUAACAGGUGUAACUAAUAAGUCUCUGGAGGAAGAAGAGAUAGCGAUUAUGAGGGGAGAGCAGCUGCUUCUGGCACCUGCAUGUCCCCAGGGUGGGCAGCUACUGCUGUUCCCAUGGAUGUGUCCCAGGAGCAGGUAGUCCUGGAGCCACCAUGCAUGUUUCAGUUGCCAGUGACCUUCGAGGAUGUGGCCGUGUACUUCUCAAGGGAAGAGUGGGAGUGUCUCAGCCUCAGGCAGAAGGCCCUCUACCGGAAUGUGAUGCUGGACAAUUUCAGGAGCGUGGUAGCACUGGGAUUUUGCGGCCCCAGACCAGACCUUGUCUCUCACCUGGAACAGUGGGAUGAGCUGUGGAUUGAGGACUGUGAGAGGGCUGAGCUUCAAGAAGCACAGAGUGGCCCCUGCCCAGGGGCGAGGAAGCUGGCUGACCACGGGAGGCGCUACCGCCAGCUGACUUGGGCUCACGAGAAAAUCCCCCUGCAGGGAAGAGUCCCAAACACGCCCCCCACAAGUCAUACACACUUUCCCAGAGCUGCUUUGGGGCAGAGGGCAGAUGAGCUUAUAGCUCUGCAGGCCCAGGUGUGUGGUGAGUCCUGCAGGCAACAGCCAGGCCUUGGGGAGCAGCGCAAGGGCAGCACUGGACCGCAGGUGUUUAUCUGUGGCACAUGUGGGAAGGUACUGAGCUGCCAUAGUCGGCUGGCUGCCCACCAGAUGGUGCAUUCUGGUGCCAGGUCCUUCUCGUGCCUCGAGUGUGGCCAGGCCUUCCGCUGGGUCUCGAACCUCCUGCGCCACCAGAGGAACCACACGAGUGAGAAGCCCUUUUGCUGUGAGCUGUGCGGACAGGCCUUCAGCCUGAAGGACCGUCUAGUGCAGCACCGAAAGGUGCACACGGGGCACCGGCCCUACGAGUGUGGUGCCUGUGGCAAGGCCUUUAAACAGAAGUCUAACCUGCUGCGCCACCAGCUGGUGCAUACUGGUGAGAGGCCCUUCCACUGUGCCGUCUGCAGCAAGGACUUCCGCACCAAGGAGAACCUCAGCCACCACCAGAGGAUCCACAGUGGUGAGAAGCCCUAUACCUGCUCUGAGUGUGGCAAGGCCUUCAGGUGGCCCAAGGGCUUCAGCAUCCAUCAGAGGCUGCACCUGACCAAGAGGGUCUAUGAAUGCGAGCACUGUGGGAAGGGCUUUCGCCACCUGGGCUUCUUCACACGGCACCAGAGGACCCAUGGGCACGGCGAAGUGUAGAGGUGCCUGGGUCCAGCAGUGCUGUACCCUGGCCAGAAGAUGGGUCAGGGGGACAAGUUGGCAGCAGUCCCUAUCUAGCCUGGAAGAGCCCUUCUUUCUCCUUGAAACAACUGUUCAGAGCUUCCUGGAUCCCCCAAGUUCUACCAGGAAAACUGCUGUCGGGAGGGGGAUCUGGAGUGCAUCAUCAGAGCCACAGUGCUAUUUCCUAGGUACCCUGGGCCCAGGAUGGUCUUGAAGCUAUGUGCAGUCCUGAGCGAGUGGACAGAGAAGUUCCUGGCAUUUUGCCCUUCCCAGCAUCCAUGGCUCCGCCCAGGAACCAAACCCCGCCCAGAGUGUCACUCCUGUGCACUUUAACUUCCUUUCCUUACUCUUUUCCCCUCACCUGUGCUUUCUCCUGUCUUCCGUCUGGCCUAAACAAGGCAGCUUUAAUUGCACAGAAUCAAAGACCCUUCUGCAGGCUUCACAGGGGGGACUUUGAAAUGAGCACCUUUGUAAUGUUGCAAGCCUUAAAGGAUUAUGGAAAGACCUGGACUCACGUUCAGGGUGUGUGACAGUGCACUGCAUGUGUGGGGAAAAUAUCCUGUGUGUACAGGACAGUCGCAAGUCUGUCAAAGCUUCAUCCUCACAGGGCUGCUCUCUGGUGUGGUUUCUCAAAUUCAGAUUGACUCUCAGGUUGUGUUUUUGGUAAAACGGCAUCGCAUCUUCUA